ACUGACAGUCUCAGUUUAAUCGCCAAGAGCUGUAGAACGUCUGUCGUUCGUGAGAAUCAAUUUAUUAAUUAAAUUUAUCAAUUCAGUGCCAAUGAAAUGCUGAAUUUUACAAAUGGAAUAGUACUACUUCUAAGUGUAGUGAAACAUCAAAGCGAAUUUGAUACAAAAGUUAAGUUCCCUGAGCUCAGAGAUGCAAUAGGUCAAAUUAAUACCGCCAUGGGCGAUUAUAAUGGAAACGCCAAACACAAUGUAGAUACGGCCAUGCGUAUAAAUGAAAAUGCUCGAUCAAUUUACCAGCAAUCCGUUGCCCCUGUAUUCGACUGGUGUGGGGAGGCCAUUGAAAAGUUCAACACCGCACUUCCCCAAAUAAGAAGUGAAAACCUUUCAACAGAAGACAAGGACCUCAUAUGGCAGGUCACUGUAACAACCGUAAAUGACGGCCUAGAGAAAAGUUUUCAUUCACUGGAAUUAUUAAACGAUGUUCAAAAUAAUUCGUCCAAUGUCAUGAACCUACUUUCAACAAUUUUGCAUGAUACGUACGAUGACUUUGGUCCAAGUGGCUACUAUGGCAAAAUGAAAAACGAUGCACAGAACAAAAUCAAUGACUUAGAGCAAACCUUAAAAAAACAUCUUCAAAUAGGAUUUAUUCCCUUUGGGAAUAUUGGGAGUGCCGUUAUUGUUAAAGAAUACGUCAAACAGAUCAAUGAGUGGAAAAAUAAAAAAUUGGAUAUUGAAUCUAAAUUCGAUCGAAUCAUACCGAAAAUUCAACAUGCUAGCCAAGUAGCAAAAAUGUGUGUUAAUCCAUAUUUGGAAGAGGACAAAACAAACUUGGUUACACUUAGGGGCAAGGCUGGUGCUGUAGACAAUUGCCUCUAUUGGACGGAUAGUCCUGUGCAUUUCUGGUAUACUUGUUUAAAUUUCAAAAAGGCCGACUCUAUAAUCUAAUCAAAGAAUGUAGCCGCUUCCAAUGCAACUAUCUCCCAGAAUCUUAGCACUUUUAGCCGGAAAAGUGCUACCGAUUCGGUAAGCCUUGGAGAGUUUUGGUAUCUGAUGUGGAAAAAGUGAAAACAUAAACACAUUUAACACAUAGAAAUUUACAGGAAAUGUGCAAAAUUUCUGUGCGUAUCUGGGAAUGAAAUCAGAAACUUUUGCCAACACAUUGGCAGGCGUGAGAAAUGUAACGCAAUGUACAAAGUCCAGAUAUUGAACUACUUGAAAUCGAAUAAUCUGCGCAUGACAUAAUCUUUGGGCUUAAGAUGCAAACGAGACGUGGCCUGGUUCUUAGUUGAAUAUAUCUGGUUGAUAACAAAAGGCCAGCAGUGAACAGGACAUCCUACUUAACAGCAGAGAGCCGAGAUUCAACUCUAGAAAAGGCAAACAAAAAGUCCUUAAGUUAUGUUGGCUGGCAAAUGUUGAGCGGAAAACAAUGAGGCUCCUCUGGGAGGACGACUACAAAAGGUCCUCAAAUUGAGAUUCAGAUUCGAAGCAUUUAUGCAAGACCCAUCAAGUACACAGCGAAAAAUGAUGUUCAUAUUUGUGAUAAUGAAAUAAUGAAAAAUUUAUAAUAUUCGUUGAGUAAAAUUAU